GACAGCGCUGUUUACCAGGUCACGUGACUUGCGGGGAAACAUGGCGCACAUCGACAAGGAAGCGAAAAACGAGGAGGGCGACAGUGCUGUUGCUGACCACACGGAGAGGAGGCGGCGGCGUUGUCGACUCCACUGGAAGCCCACGUCUGCAGAGAAGCUGGCUGACGUGGAACAGAGGAUUCUUAAAUGUAUGAAAAGCACAACAAAUGGCCGUUUCGUGAAGACCAACAGCUCCAAUAUUUGGACAGUGACCGUCAACGCUCACCUGGAUGCCGUGCCCCUUGUGUUGGUCCACGGGAUGGGGGGUGGGGUAGCCAUGUGGAUCCAGAACCUCGACAGUCUUGGUAACACCAGGCCGAUCUAUACAUUUGACCUUCUUGGAUUUGGCAGAAGCUCCAGACCAACGUUCAGCACAGACGCUGAGGAGGCCGAGGCUGAAUUCGUGAGGUCAUUGGAGGAGUGGCGCCAGGAGGUCAAGCUUGACCGCUUCAUACUCCUGGGUCACAGUUUGGGCGGAUUUGUCAGCAGUGCCUAUGCGAUACAGAAUCCUGGGAGAAUUGAACACUUAAUUUUGGCUGAUCCGUGGGGUUAUGCAGAGAAGCCAACAGACACGGAGUUCAGGCAACACUACCCGCUCUGGGCUCGAGCCCUUGUGAAGGUCCUCCAACCCUUCAAUCCAUUUACGGCCCUCAGAGUGGCCGGACCCUAUGGUCCUGGUAUUUUGAAACGCUUCCGUCCAGAUCUCAAGGCUAAAUAUGCAAACUUUUUGAACGAUGAGGAAGAUUUAAUGCUUCAAUACUUAUACCACUGCAAUGCACAAAAACCAAGUGGCGAAAUAGCCGCCAAAACACUGCAGACCCAGAUCCGUUGGGCCAAGCACCCAAUGAUCAACAGGAUCACUGCCUUGGACUCCAACGUUCCAAUGACGUUUAUACACGGACAGGAGUCCUGGCUGGACGGGGAUGUUGGGGACAACGUCAAACAACUCCGCGCUGGCAGUGACGUAGAGACACAUACGGUCUCGGGAGCUGGUCACCAUGUGUACGCCGACCGGCCGCGAGUGUUCAACCACAUAGUGCAACAGAUCUGUGAUACAGUAGACGCCCUGAGGGGGACGGGUGGAGGACAUGGGGAGGAGAGCAGUUUGAAGAGGACAUCCAUUUGAAUAUCUGUGUGACUGUCAUAUGACGAUGGCAUGUCACCCGUACACGUUGUGACGCCAUAUCAGAUGACGAUAGUAUGCCACAUGCAUACCUGAUGAUGAUAUGUCAUCGUGUUUUGGGGGGACUUAUAAAUACGUAGCGUUUCUGUGAUAAAACAUAUGACAAAAACAACACAUACAUUUGAAGGCGAAUCGCUGUCACGAAUGUAUUUUUGUAUAAUCCACAUAUUCCACACAGUUGCCUCUUCCGUGACGUGAAUAUCUAAAGAAUGUGGAAGUAUUUCCACGGUGAUGAUAUUUGAAUGAGAAUAAUGCAGUGGUGAUGUAAUGUAUGAAGUAAUCCUUUCAUGACACUGUAGUAGAUGUAGAGUGAGGCUGACGGCCUAUGCUGUUUUGGGCAAUGUUCCUGGGUACUUGACACCACGUUACCGUUCCGAUUGGAUCAACAUAUAUAUUGUGUAUGUCUCAGCUUAAUAUAAAUAUACUGAAAACUGCAUGCUCAAUUAAUAGAGCACGUGAUAGCCGACAUAUAUAGUUGUUAGUUCAGUAAAAUUCACGUGCGUGCGUGUGUGUGCGUGCGUGCGUGUUUUGUGUAGAUGUAAUAUGAGAGGAUAUGUCUCUUUCAGGGCAUACAUAUACACAUAACCUAAGUGAUUACCAAUGUCGCCUUCCUACUUUUCAGUUUGUAUAUGAUGGGAAAAUAUUUUUGAAGUUUAAAGAAUUGCACUUAUCUUUUCUAAGCAGUUACAGUUAAGGUGGAAGUAUAUUUGUACAUUUAUAUGUUUAUAUGGGUUUUUUUUCAUUUUACCAUUUAUGUUGUUUUACAAACGUAUUUAUUUUGUGAAUAAAAUUAAUGUUUGAGUA